GGGUUGGGGGGGCAGGAUUUUGCUACAGCUGAAAAGGCAGAUAGGGAGUAGUAACAGCUUAUAAAAUAAAAGCACACAUGAUGUCCUGAACAAACUAAAAGCACCCCUUCACACAGAGACUGCAGUAGUGUCCCUGGUAGCAUGGCUUUGGGCUCUUUAUAAGACUGCAUGUCCUGGCUUCUGAAAACCGCUCAAGUGUGUUUUAUUGAGCAUAAGUCCCACAGAAAGACUAAAUGUACUUGAUUUGGCACCGGGCGUUAAAGAGGUGUAAUCAGCCCUGGCUUGAAGAGAGGGCCUGGAAAUAAAGGCUCAAGGGUGUCGAGAGAAACGCAGCUGUUCGUGGCGCCAAAUGCAGGCUGGCAACAGUUUAAAACUUAAAUUAGUAUUGGCUCCAACAGCUGAUUCUAAGAAAGGAGGGACUGAAGAGAACCAAACAAGGAGCCAAAUUAACCAUUUCAUGUGAGAAUGAUUCUCAGUGCGAGAUGAGACACGUUUUUUUUGGAUGUUCGGCGCAAAUGUAAUUGAACGAUGAUGCAUGUAUGUCUGAUUAGAAGUACUUGUGUGAGGCCACUGUGCACAGUUUGGGGUUCAUUUUCAAAGUCACAGAUUUAGUAGUCUGUAAUCAGCCACCGUCUAGCAGCAUGAAACUCGAAAAUGCUUUGGAACAUGGAUAAGAGAAUAAUGGGGUCAGUAAGAGGAGCAGCCAUUAUCAUGUCCACACUCUGAGUCUGUGUUGAGGGGGAGGGCUUUAGGGGCGAAAGGGAACAGAGGGAUUGUAUUUUUAUAACCAUGUGCUCUCUUGCACGCCUGACAGUGAUAAAGUAGAAAGGCUCCCAGAGAACAACUGUCCUGCCUUUCACAGGCGAGGAGAAGUGAGGCAGACUACAGCACACAGGCUCUCGUUGGGACAAAAACAGACAAGGAGAGCAAGACUUCUCAAACUUCUAAAAAGCUCCACCAGGAAUACAAAGGGAUAAACAUGGAUGUAAAGAUUGAAAAGUCGUCAAAUGGCUUCACACCAGAUAUCAACUUGGAGAAGUUAUGCAAGUCAGCUGCAGAGCUGAUAGUGCCAGGAAACGUCAUCCUCAGGCUGCUGAACGCUGCUCUGGUGUUUGUGACGGACCUGCUGGCCAGACUUUUUGGAAGCAACCUGGUCAAAAGACAUUUCCACCUCAUGCUGUCUGCCUUGGUUCUGUUUGGGCCUCUGUUGAGUUUCUGGGUGUCAAAGUAUAGCAUCUUCGCUAACAGCAAUCACUACCUGUACAGGAAGUUCCUGAAGUCCACUUGGGGUUGGACGUGCAUCUUCUCAGGUUCCUUCACCCUUCUUCUCUCCGCCUCAGCCCGUCAUCCCCCCUCUCUCCUACUUCGCCACCUCUCUCGGGUAGGGGUUGUGGGGUUGCUCUGGUGGGGAUCUCAGCGUAUCCUGACACUGCUGGAGGAUGCAGCAGGAACCUGUUAUGAGCCUAUAACACCUGAUCAAGAUACCCAAGGUACUGCCUCCUCAGCACAGCCCCUGUUGCUUCUGCAUGAGGACCAGACCAAGGCCUCGUGCCUCAGAGCCAACAUGGUGUGGAGAGCUUAUGAAGUAUCCCAGGACAUCCUCAUCCUCUGCUUGUGUUGCCUGCAGCUUGUGGAGGAAGUGUCCGUCUUUGGCCGUCACCUAGCUCAAACAAAGCCUCUGCAGAGAUCCUCAUGUGGGCCUUUAAGGUUCAUCUUCCUCCUGUGUGUAGUCCUACUCACUCUUUGGAUGUUCCUGCUGCUGUGUUUGCUUGCACACUUCCCCAAGUUCCCCUCCCAGCAGCUAGGGGGAGCUCUGGGCUACCUGGGAUGGAGAGGACUCUAUCAGGGAUGGUACAGACUGAAACCGGGCUGGGGCUGCCCUGGUUUGCCAGAAGGACAUUUUAGCAUCACAGACAUUCAAAAACACUCUCAGUAAUUAUGAAACCUUCAGUUGAUGAUGGUUUUUUUUGUAUGUGAUCUUGAAAGCUAAGCUAAGGUCAAGAAAGUCAAAAUGACCUCUCAUUAGUGUUGGGAAAUUUUAAACACCCUUGUCUAUACUUCACAUCUCUUGAACAAUAUGCAGGAAGCUGUGAUUAUUGGUCAAUACUCUAAAACCCAUGUUUCAAAAACCUUCAGACAAAAGUAAUUUUGUAAUAGGAAUCGUGUUUUAUUUUGUAAUAGGAACCAAAAUGAAUGCACAAU